CUGUGGUGGCCAAUUAACAGGAAUGACUGGAGCUAUAUAUUGCUAUGUCAAUAACUAUGCUUACAUAAAAAAGAAGACGAAAUAAAUCAGAGUUUGAAAAUUUAAUUCCUUGGAAAUAAAGAAAAUUUGUUUCACAUUAUUUAUAAAAAUGGCACGUAACGCCGAAAAAGCUAUGACAACCCUGGCUAGAUGGAGAGCAGCUCAAUUAGGAGAAAUUGACAAGCACAAAAAGAGGAGACCGUACUUAGCAUCUGAAUGCAAAAGUUUACACGCCUGUGAAAAAUGGAGAAUGCAAAUUAUUCGAGAAAUAGCCAAAAAAGUGGCACAAAUACAAAACGCAGGUUUGGGAGAAUUUAGAAUUAGAGAUUUAAAUGAUGAAAUAAACAAGUUGUUAAGAGAGAAACGACAUUGGGAAGAUCAAAUAAAGGAGUUAGGUGGCCCAGAUUACCAGAGGGUAGGACCACGGAUGUUGGAUCAUGAAGGGAAAGAGGUACCUGGGAAUCGAGGAUACAAAUAUUUUGGAGCAGCAAAGGAAUUACCAGGAGUUCGAGAACUUUUUGAGCAGGAACCUCCACCUCCUCCAAGGAAAAGUAGAGCAGAACUGAUGAAAGAUAUUGAUGCAGAUUACUAUGGUUAUAUGGAUGAUGACGAUGGAAUUCUGAUACCAUUGGAAGUAAAAGCUGAAAAAGAAGCACUUCAGAAAUCAGUUGCAGAAUGGGUGAAAAAGAAAGAACAGAACCCAGAAUGCACUGAGGUCCAAGUAGAAGAAAAUAUUUAUGCUGUCGAAGGGUCUGAUGAAGAAGAUGAUUUACCAGUUAUUGAUGGAUCUCAGCAAAGGUUUGUUGCCCAUGUACCGGUACCAUCUCAACACGACAUAGAACAGGCUUUAUUAAGGCGAAGAAAACAAGAACUUAUGGAAAAAUAUGGCGUACAAGAAGACCCAGUGUCGUAGUAAAUUAUUAUUAAUUUUGAAAUAUAAUUUUACCAUACUUAGGAACUAGUAUAUUCUAUUUUUAUUUUAUUAUUAAAUAUCUUAUAUAAGGAAAAUAUAUCAAUUAUACAUAGAAACACCAGGAUUGCCAACGGGUUAAAAACGGUUUCAUAUAUAUUAACAAAUAAUCUAUUUUUUGAUCUAAUUUUUGUCAGAAUUCCUGGAAAUACCUUAUUUGUUAAUUUGGAUCUCAACUAAGAACGUUUAUUAAAUAAUUACAAUAAUUUAUAUAUAUAUUUUUCAAUUAUAAAUAAUUUGUAAAGUUGUUUGAGUUAUACUUACCCUAUAUAUAUUUAUAAAUUUAUUCAGGUUUGAGUAUUCCUUUACAAAUUAGAGUGAAUUCUAAUACUG